UUUAAACCUCAAAUACUAAUAUUAUUAAUUCGGCGACCUUUUCAGCUUUUAAGCGUGUACCGACAAAAGAAGCUAUAUCGUGCAUGACGACGAAGAUGAUUUUGGACAACCUCGUUGACUUAUCUUCAUAAUUUGGGACAAUGGGUCGAUGUAUUCAAUAAAAAGCACUUGUACUGAAUGCGGCUGUUCCAUUGUUUAUUUUUAAAACCAUAAUGCUUAAUAAUGAAGUCAAAUCUAUCUUUGCGUUCUUUAUAUACGUACACACAAUCAAUGUAAAGGCUAUUUAACUGCGCUCUAGAGCUCAAAAAACAAAAAUUCGACAUUACAAUCUUUUUUUUUUCAAUCAUGUUAUUAUUUAAAGCCUUUAUCUUUGUAAUUUUUUUCCAUAUGGUACUGUGUGCAGGACCACCCGAAUAUAUUUCUGUCUUGGCACGUAAACCAACUACAGAAGAUAUAGUAUCAUCUUCUCCGACAACUGGGUUGUUACGUACGCUGAUGAAAGAACGUUCGGUCAAACGCUCUAAAAAUUUUUUGAAAGCAAUGAACAGAUCUACUUUAGCACAGCUUCCAGAUUUACUGACAGGUACAAGAGGGUUUGUGUCUCUUUGGGUAUCUGAUCUAGAAGAUAAUAAAGACAAUGAUGUAGUAUUUGAUGUAUCGAAAACCUUGGAUGGAUUUAAAGAACCCAAGAGUGAAUCUGUUUGUACAUUUUGCAUCUAUCAUUGGGCAAGUUUUUUAAUGGUCUCUUUAGCUAUCAAGAUGUACCUGCAUUUUUAUAACAAGCGUGUUCCUUAUAAUGGUGGUACAAAUUCAUCUGUGAUUCAUGGCAACAUGUGA